AUGAUGGAAGAAUCCUUGCACACGAUCCGAAAACGAAUCAUCAAGUCCUACGUGACUCGAUUACUUUUAGCCGGACAAAUGAAGGUGAGCAACAACAACAAAGCAUCAGAGAUUUUUCGACCGGAAUUGAGCACGAAGACGUUGGUGGAGGAGAUUCACAAGACGAACUCGGACGCGAUGAGGAUGGCGACGAAGAUGGAGGAAUAUCCGUUCACGAUGAAAGAGUGCGAGCGAGCUUUGGAUGAUUUGAUCGCGAAAGAAGAGGGAGAGGAAGAGGAGGAAGAGGACGAUGGAGGAAAGAAAAAGAAGGCGAAGAAGGACGAAUCGUCCAGGACGCCUGUGAGAGCAACCUUGAAAGAGAGAAAAGCCGCCUGGCUCGAGAAGAAGAAAAAGCUCAUCAAAUGGUCCAAACGGUACGAGAAGAAGAAUGGUGAAGAAGAAGUGGCCGUUUUCAGCUACGGGUACACGACUGUGGAGAAGAAAAUGAAGGAAGCGGCGGCGGCGGCAGGGUCGUCUCUUGAGGCGGCGACGGAUCCGGUAUACGUAUCGCAAAAAAGGAAGAGCAAAUUGGAGAGAGAAUUGACUUUGAAGCACGUGCUGACGGGGAGAAACAGUUAUUGGGGACGCCACGAGGAUUCCGAUGAUGAGUUGGAUACUUUUGCGGCGGCGACGACGACAACACCGAAGAAAGCGCCGGGACCGCCGAGAGCGGUGCCAAAGAACAGCCCAAUUCCAAAGCCUUCGCCGACGAAGACGUCACCGACCACAAUGAGAACAGCAAGGAAUGAAAAGCCAACGUCAGUUCCUCCAGAUCGAGUCAAAGCGUUCGCGCGCGUGCUCGAUCCAACCGUCCCCGUCAAUCAAGUACAAAAUAUUCCGAGACAACCCAUUUUGGAGAAGAGAAAACGAGUACCGGCGACCGCGAAUAAGGUGGACGAUCCGCUGAGAUGUAGCACUUGCGGUAAGGUGUUUCCUACUGCGCAUGGAUGUAGUUUGCACGCGGCGAGGUAUUGCAACGCAGCAACGCCGUCGGUGGCGGAUGCUAAAAAAGAGGUUCCCAAGAAAAGCGCUAAAACGAUCAGGAUGGAGGAACUUAUAGAAAAGAAGGCAGCGGAUGAAGCUGUAGACGGCGUGACGGAAAAAAUGACGAGUUCUUUGAUAAAAAAGCAUAAAGAUGCUAAGAAUGGACAGGUGAGCGCUCGAGAUGAUGUGAAGAAAAAGAAGAAGAACCAACGUAAAAGCAAAAUCGACCCGGAUGAUGGAGACCACUUUGCGCAAGUCAAAUGGAUCGGUGAGAAGAUCCCCCAACAAAGUAAAUUGACUUCCAAUCGCAUGUAUUAUGAAGGAUUCAUCAAGUCUGACGUUGAAUACAGAGUUGGUGGGUGCGCGUACUUGCUUCCUGGCAAUCCUGAAGAGCCAAUGUAUAUCGCCCAAAUCGAAUCUUGUUUCGAAGAUAAUACCGGGAAAUGGUGUGAAUGCAGAUGGUUUUGGCGCGCGCACGAACUGACGGGCGCCGGUGAAAAAUCUCUUCCGCCAGUAUCAAAGAAUGGGAACGAUAAAUUUGAUCCCGAACGCGAAAUCAUGCUCACGCAGACCGUAGACAAGCAACCAAUGACGUGUUUAGAAAACAGUUGCCAGGUGUACGGAUCGAGAAAAGAAGCAGACGCGAGCAAGAAAACGGAAGAAGGCGGUUCAAACUUUGAGCAAUUAUAUUGCAAUUGGGCGUAUACGGUCAUUUCUGCGACGAAGCAAGGAAAGGUAAAAGGAGUCUUUACAAAAGUGUCAAAACGUAAGGGGUGCAAAGGAUUCGAGUUCCCAAACGCGGUUUUUAGCGAGAAGAAAAAGAAGAAGUAA